AGUCAGGGCCCGUGUUAACGCCCCGGCGCCCCGGCAGCGGGGCCGGGUCGGGAUUUAAUCCGGUUAGGGGGGGAUUAGCGCGGCGGUUUAAAGGCCGGAGCGGCGCGGGGAAGGGGUGCCAGGCGCGCCGGAGAGGAAGCGGCCGCCGCCGCCGCCGAGCAGCGGGGCAGCCCGGACGGCACCUGUAGACGAUGCCAGCCAUCAACAUCGAGGACCUGAGCGAGAAGGACAAACUGAAAAUGGAAGUGGAGCAGCUCCGGAAAGAAGUGAAGCUGGAGAGGCAGCCGGUGUCCAAGUGCUCCGAGGAGAUCAAGAACUACAUCGAGGAGCGCUCAGGGGAGGACCCGCUGGUGAAGGGGGUUCCCGAGGACAAGAACCCCUUCAAGGAGAAGGGGGGCUGUGUCAUCGCUUAGGAGAACCAACCCACCGGAGCAGAUGCUCCCCUUUCACCUGUAGGGAGUCACCAGCGUGUCCCCACCGCCGCCGGUCCUUGUUGAACGAGAACAGGAGCGGAUUUCUUUUUCUUUUCUUUUUUUUUUUUCUUACAAAAAUAAAGAAACCAACCCGAAAGCAGCCGAGACCCUCGGCAGGGACGGCUGCCCACCCCCGGCUCCCCGCCGUGCCCGUCCCUCCUCCCGCGGCUGGGACGGCUCCUUUCGCUUCGCGGCGCCCCCUUAUCGCCACCCCGUUCCCCGGUCGCUUCGUGGCUGUUCGUUGGCAUUAAAGGAAACCUGCCCGUAA